AUGAGUACAGCUGCGUUAGGGGAAGAUGAUAUACGUUCAAGUAAAGGAUUUCUUAAGAUACUUCAAACAUCUGAUAAACCCUCAAACGUAAAUGCAGCUCUGCUGUUGCUGCUUCAAACUCUUAGCAACCCGACAGAAGAAGCCGUUUCUCUCUCGCCUGCAAGUCUCCGUCAGCUGCUGCGGCUUCUCGUGGAGCGCACCGAUGAUGCUUGGUUAGAAGUUCGAAAAAAGAUUGCUUUUGUUUUUGGUGAUUUGAUAUCAAAAGGACACGGAGAUGUGUUGGCAGAUGCGCUUCUCUACGGUGAACCUCAAACCACAUCUAUUGGGGAGGCCCUUGCGAGUCAUAUUGACUUUGAUAGUAAUAAUAAAGAGGAGAAUGUCAGUCCUCGUGAGAAAGUUUGGGAAAUGAAAGGACUUUUGGGAAAGUUAGCAGAAGCUCAUGGAACUGUGGAACGAUGUGUUCCGGCUGCUGAUGUAUUUCGGACACUUAUGCGAGUUCCGGUUUUUUUAGAUAUGAUUCUAUCACCAACAGAAAUUACUAAUACUACUACUACUACUAAUACUACUAGUACUACUACUACUACUACUACUACUACUACUACUACUAGAGAAGAAAAUAACCCAAGUCCCCAACGAGAGGAAAAACAGUACAACUUUCAUAAUACAUGUAUUGGAAUUCUCUGUCGUAGUGUUGCAUCCGAUACAACAGUUCUUUGUACCGAAACGUGGCUUUCACUCAAUAAGGCUCUACACAUGGAUAAAGGUAUUUCAGCAUCAUUGCUUUUGUAUUAUUUUAAUGAAUUUGUAUUAAUGUUUAAGAAUUGUUUAGAUAAAGGGAAUUUUGUGGCUAAACUCCAUGCGUUAGAGUUGCUUGCAUCUAUUCUUGAGGAUUCUGCAUUUUUAAAGGCACGUCGAAAUUUUGCAGAGUCACCAGCGUUGCUUUGUGCACUUCUUCCUUUAACAAAUAGUCCUUCAGCACAUAUUCGUUUUCUCACCUUUGAUACGCUUAAAGUUUUUAUUGCCAAAGGGAACAAACCUGCUCCUAUUCGUUAUAUUCUCUAUAUUAAUCGGGAAACGUUGGCGGCAUAUGUGGAAGAUUAUUCCACAGAAGAAGUAGCGAUUCAAAAACGUCUGGAAGUAGAGAAACAAAGAUUACUACAAAGUCUAACUUCACUGGAGCCACUAACACACGAAGAAGAAUUACUGCUUGGUGUAUCGUAA